CUGUGUUCCAUGUCCUCAACUUUCUGACAGAAGCUGAGAAGACAAGAGGAGUCAGAGGAGCAGCUGCACAUUUACAACAUGGCUGUGUUUGAGAACUCCUCGGUGCUCUUGGACCUGAAGAAUUUGUCCUACAAAGAGAAGAAAAAACUGAAGUCGGCAGUGACGGAGAACGGUGGCAACAUUUCCUUUGUGGUCAAUAAACAGUGCACUCUGAUAGUGACCAGUGACGUGUCCAACCUGAGCUCCAACAGGCUGCGGAGCAUCCAGAAGCACCAGACGCCCGUGGUCGAGGUGGACUACGUGUACAGAUGUCUGCACAGUGGAGCUCUUCUGCCUGUGGAGGAAUUCAAACUGGAUACUUCUCCUCCUGCUGCCUUCUCACCUCCUCUUCCUCUCUCCUCACUGAAGACUGCUCCCUUCUCAUCUCCCGUGUCCAGAGCAUCAGUGAUCACAGCGGCUGUUGAGCUUCCUAAAGGUCAAGCGAAGCCUUUGGACUCUGUCGGUCACACUCCGUGCUCAAAGACUCCAGGGAGAAGCGGAAACAUCCUGGACAAGUUCAGAAUUUACACUGAAACUGAUUCUGAUCUUCCAUCGUUUCCGAAAGAUUUUCAAGUGGCAAAAUAUUCAAUCUUUGAAAAGAUAAACAGAAACACUUUGUGUGUGCUGGAGCUGCAGAGUUUUAAAGGAGAGAAAGGACGACAGUACUGUGUGGUCCGGUGCUUGAAGAGUGAUGUAGAAGCAAAGAAGGAGCUGGUGUUUCUGGCCACAUCUGAGGACGCUGUAGACGUGUACCAGGCGCUGAGAGAGACCUCGCAGGCUGCUGGUCUGCAGCUGAGACGCAGCAUCCCUCCACAGUCCCUGGGCCUGGCUUCCUUCCCACUGCAACAGCUGCUGCUGGAGGAGAAACUGAACACAGGGUGUGUGUCGCGGGAGGUGGGCGUCUUUGUGGAGCUGCUGUGGACUGAAGCCCUUGGUCAACUCAACCUCCUCCUCAGCGUUCCAAUCCGCAAGCUCAGCCUCAAUGACGUGAGCAGGGCGGAGGGCUUGUUGCUUCAGGCCCAGAGGAAGCUGAAGGAGGGAAAUGUUACUGAGACAGAGAUUAUCAUGGCAGAGUUCAACAAUCUGCUGCCACACAGGAUGCCAGUUUUACUACAGGACACCAAGAUCAUCUCUCAGAAACUGGACCUCUGUCAGUUAAUUCGAGAUGUACUGAACGUGAGUGAGAUGUCUCUGAGAGGCCCCGCCCCCUCCAGUCUGGGGAAGUACCGCGCUCUGAGGUGCAGCAUUGAGACCGUUCCCCCCGGCAGCUCGGACUUUCAGGCCGUGACAUCUGUGCUACGGGGCAGCAAUCUGCAGAUUCAGCGGAUUCUGCGAGUCGGCCGCGGGGUGGAGCUUCAGUCAUUUAAGAACGAGCUUGGGAACGUUCAGAUGCUUCUUCACUCAUCCAGCCCCAGUAACUUUGUAGGAAUCCUGUCUCGUGGUCUGCUGUUGCCUCAUGCUGGAGUGGAGCAUCAUGGGAUAGAGAGAACAGACCUCGGUAAUCUGGGCAGUGGAAUCUACUUCACUGACGCCGUCAGCACCGCUUUGAAAUACUCCAGGCCCAGUGUGUCAGACGGGACUCGGCUGCUGUUGGUGUGUGAUGUGGCGCUGGGAAGUUGCAGGCACGUGCACAAGAGAGACGUCACACUGACCAAAGCCCCCGAGGGUCACCACAGUGUGCACGGAGUCCGCUGCACCCCUAACACUCGCUCUGAGUUUGAGGAUGACGAGUACGUGGUGUACAGUCCUGAUCAAGUGAAACUGAAGUACGUGGUUCAGUUCAGCAUCAUGGGAGAAGAGCUGAGGGAGUUCAGUCCUGCUGUCGACACUUCGACUGAGCCAUGUUCGCCUCCGUCUCUCCAAGUGCUCAGUUCAAAGGACGUUGCGAUAGAGGACGUUAAAAACCCUCUGGAUGAAGUAAGGGCCGGACUGUUGGACAGCUCUGGUCAGCAGCUCCCCCUGCAGUCUGUCCAUGUGAAGUGCAAACUGAUGGAUCUGCUCUCUCAGGUCAUCAUUUUCCAAGAAUAUACCAACAACAGCUCCGAGUCAAUCGAGGCCAAGUUUGUUUUCCCAUUGGAUGAUUCUGCAGCUGUAUGUGGAUUUGAGGCUUUUAUAAAUGGGAAACACGUCGUGGGAAAGGUGAAGGAGAAAGAGACGGCUCGUCAGGAGUACAAACAGGCUAUUGAGAAAGGCCAUGGAGCAUAUCUCAUGGAUCAGGACGCACCUGACGUGUUCACCAUCAGUGUGGGCAAUCUUCCAGCCGGAGCCAGUGUCCUCAUCAAAGUUACCUUUGUGUCUGAGCUGAUCGUCAGGGACGGGAGUAUUCUCUUCUCUCUUCCCGGGAGUGUGGCUCCAUGGCAGGAGAGCGCAGCACUCAACCAGACCACGCAGGUCACUCUGGAGAAAGUGUGUGUGACUGAUGAGUCAGCAAAUACAAGAGAGUUCUCCCUGGACAUGUCAGUCGAGAUGCCCAAUGAAAUCAGCAGCUUGGAGUGUAUCACUCACAAAGUCAAGGUUAAGAGAACUGACUGUAAGGCAGUAGUGGCCGUGCUGCCAGGACAGGUGAUGGGUCCGGAGGGUUUCCAGUUGUCAGUCAGUCUGUCCGAGGUCCACCUGCCAAGGAUGUGGGUGGAGGAACACCCUGACAAGGACAGUCAGGCGUGCAUGUUGGUUUUCUAUCCUGACUUCGAUGUCAGUUCCAUAUCAGAAUCCGAUGAAGUCGUCCUGAUGCUGGACACAUCUGAGUCCAUGAACGGAGAGUCUCUCCGCAUUGCUCAGAGAAUCGCCCUCCAGGUCCUCAGAGCCCUCGGCAGCAACAUCAGACUCAACGUUGUUUUAUUUGGCUCAGAUCACAAUGAAGUGUUUCUGACAGCGCAGCCGCUCACUAAGACUCGUCUGACAGCAGAGAGCUUCAUCAAGAACGUCUCUCCAGUGGGCGGCAGCACUGAGCUUUGGCGGCCCCUGAGGGCCCUCAGCCUGCUGCCUCCGUCCCGUGGCAUCAGGAACCUGCUGCUGCUGUCAGAUGGCCACAUCCAGAACGCGGAGUUCACCCUGAAGCUGCUCCGAGACAACAUGCACCACAGCCGCCUCUUCACCUGCGGCAUCAGCCCAACAGCCAAUAAGCAUAUGCUAAGAGCUCUGGCCCAGGCAGGGGGCGGAGCCUACGAGUUCUUUGACACAAAAGUCAAACACAACUGGUCAGAGAAGGUGGCACGUCAGGUGAAGCGUAUUGCAGCACCUGGCUGCACUUCAGUGUCUGUGAAGUGGCAGCAGUUCAACCCGACUGCGCCCACUCCUGUGCAAGCGCCUAAACAGCUCCAUGCAUUGUUCAACGACUGUCACACCCUGGUUUACGGCUUUGUGCCACACUGCACUCAGGCCACCCUCCACGGGAACCUCAGUGGUCAGGAGCUCGAAACCAUGGUGUCGACGAGUGAGCUGCAGAAGACAAAAGGCACAUUUCUUCACAAGCUCACAGCAAGAGCCCUCAUCAGGGAUUAUGAAGAUGGAAGCCUGGAUACAGACCAGGCUGAACAUGAGGGGAAGAAAGCGGAGUUGAAGUCCUUCAUUGUCGAGUUAAGCAAAGAGUUCUCCAUCUUGUCUCAGUUCACCAGCUUUGUGGCUAUUGAGGAGAGGGACCCUGCAAAACUGGAGGAGGGUUUCACAGACAUCCCCAAGUUGAUUGCAGAGGAGGAUGUGGACUUCCUGCCCUACAUCACCUGGAAUAUUCCUCAGGAUAGUGAAGAUGAUGAUAGUGAAGAUGGAUCACUGAGCUGUGAAAUGCAAGCAGGGCUUUAUGAUAAGCCUUUUUGGGGUUCCACAUUUUAUGAGGACGAGUCAGAUCUUGUUUCAGAAGGAGACAUGCGCACGGAUUCCUGCAGCUCUGAUCGUUAUGUACCAAUGAUGUUACGCUCCAAAAUAGAGAAGGAGAUUCCUUUUGAUAUUGAUUAUCUAUCAAUGGAUGAUGUGGAACAUACUCCUCCUUGUGGAUCUGUUGGCCGGCUUUCGUCAUCUGCCCAAAUCCCAAUUCAAGCUUUUGCGAUCUCGACUCAAGCCUUUCCGAUGCCUCCGCCUCCACCUCCACCCUUUGCCCUAACCUCAAUUCAAGCCUCUCCGAUGCCUCCGCCUCCACCUCCACCUUUUAACCUAACCUCAAUUCAAGCCUCUCUGAUGCCUCCGCCUCCACCUCCACGUAUUGCCAAACCCUCGUGUCAAGCCUCUCCGAUGCCUCCGCCUCCACCUUUUGCCCUUACCUCAAUUCAAGCCUCUCCGUUGCCACCGCCUCCACCUCCACCUUUUGCCCUAACCUCAAUUAAAGCCUUUAAGACAUGUAGUGCUCAACGAGGCACACGUGCCCAACCCGAAAUUCAAGCCUCUCCGGUGCCCCCGCCUCCACCUCUACCUUUUGCCCUAACCUCAAUUAAAGCCUUUAAGACAUGUAGUGCUCAACGAGGCACACGUGCCCAACCCCAAAUUCAAGCCUCUCCGGUGCCCCCGCCUCCACCUCUACCUUUUGCCCUAACCUCAAUUGGAGCCUUUUCGAUAGCAGGGGCUCUACCAACUACAUCUGCCCAAACCCAAAUUCAAGCCUCUCUGGUGCCCCUGCCUCCACCUCCACCUUUUAGGGCUGAUGAGACCUCCCGAACUGUUUUUGCUGAAGGCAACGUUUUUUCUCGAAGGGUGGGUGGAAUACCUAGGGGAAGACAACCUAACAAUAGUUUUAGGUCUCUUUUUCAUACUUUGAGUCCAACAUCUAGAUCUUUGUCCAAAACCUACGGCAGCAUUUCUCCUCCCGUUGCUGCAUCCGACUCGAGUAGCUCAUCGGAUGAUUCGGCCAUGUCUUCUGAAGAAACAGAACCACUUCCGAAAAAGAGAGGAGUUCCAUCUUUAAUCCAAGCAUUGAAGCAGCCGCUCAGUGCAGUGGGCAAAGCACGCACUAGCAUGUGCGGUUCUUUUUCGAUGGAUGUCCCUGAAUCAUUGGUCCGAAGGAAACCUGUAUCGCUUGAUAUAUCAUGUCUCCCUUCAGAUGGAGACGAUGUACCUAAGAGACACAGGAGGGCAGUUUGCCACGGGUUCUGCUGUGAUCGUUGUUUCAGGAAAAUGUCAAUACAUCCUGAUCCAAUGAUGCUCAGAUGGGAUAAGAUCUUCAAGAUGCAACAUUCGGAGGGCUACUGGGAGUUGACCAAAGAACUGGGUGAAAACUUUAAUGUAGAUGUCGACUCCUUUGUCAACGUGUUCCUGAAAAACAAAGGCAUCUGCUCUCUGGGUGUGAGGGCCCACGCAGAUAUCCUGAGGCUGGUGGCAACUCUUCUGGUUCUGCAGAUGAUGAGGGAGGAGAAGCUGGAGGAAGGCAAACUGCUCCGCACCCUCUUCUGUCUGGAUGACUCCGCUCAGUCCAGGCCACAGCGUUGGGACGAGGUGAGGAAGGCAGUGGAGUGGGUUUGCUGGGCUGACAAACAGUACCCAUGCAUCUACAGCCGCCUGGAGUUUGGUUGGAGCUGGGAGUCGUCCACCCGUCAGCUGCUGGGCUAUGAAAGGCUGCCCCCCUUCUCACCACUCAACGGUUUUAUCCAGCCGACACCCUGGGGCGGUAACAGGAAGCUUGUUCAUUACUGAUGAGUUCUCUGUAUUUCCCAGAGACACCCACCCCCUCCAGUCACUAGACAGUGGAGUUUUUUAACGGGUGGGAAAUCGUAAGGGGCUGUUAAACAAAACCCAACCUUUUCUUUCUCAAACUUUAUAAUCUCAUUAAUGUGCUCCUCCAGUAAGAUUUGUAAGGUGUGGCUCAUCAACAUGACUUAAUUUACUUUCAAUAUAAGAUUGUAUUAUUUUUUGUCAUUAUUAUUGACAGGGCCGUGUUUAUUUUCAUGAUGGACUCAAGUUUCCAUGUAAAAAAUAUACAUCACAAUCUGUUCUAACUUUUUUCUCACCUUCACUUCAGUAAUGACUUCAUUCACAUCAGUAUCCACACUCACUGUGUGCUGCUAUGAAUACUACUCUAUUGUGAUUUUAAGUUCUGAUUUGUCUGUUUUUCCAUAUGCAGAAAUACAUAAUGUUUGAUUCCAGAAUUGUUCUUUUCAGUUCUACAAUCUACAAAUUCCAUUUGCUUGAAAUAUCCAUGAUUUGCAAAACGUAAAUUUGAGGCUGUAAAAUUUGCUGUUCUCUCACUUCACCGGGUUCUCUCCUCAGCUCAAUAAAGUUGUGUAAACUCUAAAGUA